AUGUCCAAAACGGUGAACUUGAACGUCCGCGGCACGAUCGUUAAGGCGAAAUACGACGCCGUGUUUAGCCCACAGGGACACCUCCACCCCAUCUGCAAGUUGGUUGAAAUGUCGCCCCGCGCGAUCGACGCCUCCGGCUGUCACGUCUAUGUGGUCGAUCUCGAUCCGGCCUUGUUUCGUCGCUUGAUCGACUAUGUGCAGUACGGAUGCCCUCUUUUUGAAGGACUGGGCCGUGACGACGCGAUACGUGUCUCGGCGGUGAUCCAGACGAUGGAUCUGCGCCUCCCCGGGGUUCGCUGGGAUCCUGCGCACUGUGGACAACAUACUGCCACCUCGGACGACUACCAAUGUGCUACGAUCCUGUCUUCGAGCUCUCAUCCGGUGCAAUUGUUUGGCGAACGCAUGCUCGCCGUACAGCCACUCGAUGCGUUCAAAAUCCACAUCGACUGGCUCUCGCCUUCGGGCAGUGGGCAUCGGUUCGAAGUCGGCUUUGCGUCGCGCUUUGGCAGCGCCGAGUAUGUGAUCCCGCUGGCGGCCGCUACCCGAUUCAAGCGCGUACGCGAAGUCAUGACCCUCAAACUGGACCGGGCGGAGCACCAAGUGACCCUGACGAGCGAAGCGUGCGGGACAAAGACCUGUACUUAUGGGAACGUUAUUGCCGGCAAGCUGUACCCAUGUAUUUUGUACCUACCGAUCUUCUACGGUGAUCCAAGCCAUUUUCAAGCGCGCCUCCUUGCCGAUUAG